AUGGAGACAGGGAACAGACGCAGGAUCGUUCUCGGUCUGGAACUCAACCUGAUUCUACUUUACAUCGCUGCCGCGGGCAAAUGUGCCGUCUCGGUGGUUCAACCACCUUACCUCGAAGUGGACUACACUCAAAACGCUGUGACCAUGCAGUGCUCCUUCUCCACAAGGGAGUGCCCCACAGAGCAACCAAAAAGCCUGUGGUUUCGCUAUGGCGCUCACCAGUCUGAGAACCUGUGCUUGGAUGGAUGCCAAAGUGAGACAGACAAAUUUACGCUUGCGAAUCUGGCCCCAAACCAAGUUUCCCUUACUGUGAACAGGCCGACUUUCAAUGACAGUGCAAUCUACAUCUGUGGAAUAACCGUGGCCAGCUCAAAGGAAUCGACUGCUAGGCGAACGGGAGGAGGGACCAUGCUGGUGGUCAGAGACACGAAGAUUCUGAGCAGGAAGCUGCAGGGUCUCCUGAUAGCCCUCUCAGUACUGCUCUCUGUCUACAUUGCUGGUACACUCGUGGUCCUCAUCAUCCUCACCAAAUCAAAAAAUAACACUCUACGAGAGAAAAAAACAGAAGAUUCACAAAAGAAAAAGAGCGCUCGGCGUAUUUUUCAAGAAAUUGCUCAAGAGCUAUAUAAUAGGAGACACGUGGAAACAAGCCAACAACCUCAGGAGAAAGACAACACUUAUGAAAACAGAAGAGCACUUUCUAACUAUGAAAGACCAUAGAAAUCUUCUGAUUUUCAAUUAAGUCACUGAAAAUCCAACUCCAAAAGCUAUGCAAGUGUUAACGGACAUACACCCAUCAGGGUUUUUUACAAAAAGAAUUUAAAGUAACUGGAAAAGUCAACUGGCUACAAGAAGGAUCCCAGAAUAUAAGGAAACUAUUACCAAGCUACCAAAAUACUAAAACCAAACAAAAUGCAACUGAAAAAUACUUUCCUAAUUUGCUAAGAGAAUUCUAAGCAGUCAGACAUCUUCAAAAACUCCCAUUUAUAGUAUAUAUCCUGUAUUUGUUUCAUUCAACAUACGAGGUGCACCACAUGAUGACUGUUACCCUGAAGAAGAUCUGAAGUCACACCACGUGCCUCUGUCUUGUGUGGAAGAACUGUCUUUAUGGUUUAUAGAAGUGAUGGGCCAGUUAGACUAAACUGGCAGGGAAGGAGGAAUGGAGGGAGGAUGAAGAGGGUCAAAAUUUGAGUUGGAAAAAAAUCAUCUUGAAAAGUAUUUUGUAGCAAAAAUUACUUCCUCCAGUCGUGCAGUGGAGCAAUGGGAGAGUGCACAUCUUUCUGAGGUAUGCAAAAUAACUUAUGUCAUGCCACCAACAAAAAGUGAGACCAGAGGAGAACAGAAAAUAGAGGAAGAAUACAAUAACUAAAAUACAGAAAAUCCAAAGCAGAAGGUUCAAGCAGAGAAACCUCAGAACAAAUAAGCCACAACUGACUCUAGAUGUCAGUCUUGUGCCAAAUAACAGCACCAGGGAAGCAUUUGGCAACGCACUGCACCUGACAACGCCUUUGCAAUACUGAUUUUUUUUCUCUUUUAAUAAGUCAUUGUAUUACACACACACAUAAAUACACCUAUGUACACACACACACUUAUACAAACCUACACUUUUAUACACAGCUGGGAUCAUAAAGAGUACUUAACUUUGUAUCAUGCAUUGCAAUGUUGAUUUUUAACCAGCUUAGGAGGGAAAAGUUAGGUAAGGGGCUGGGUCCAGCAAGGAUGUUUAUGGCACUCAUUACCAUCUCACUAAGAAAACACGUUAUGGAGUGUUCUCUGCAAGUUACUUCUGUGUUAAAAAAAAAACCUACUUAAAGUACCUACAAGUACAUGU